AUGUCCGAUACAAGAGCAGAAGCUGAAAAAGAACUAGAAACUGUAGAAAUGAGUGGUAAUCUGGAAGACAGCUUGGGUUCCGCCCUCGAAUCGUCAUUCAACCUUCCUCCACCCCCUCCACCACCCGCUAAAGGCAGUGAAUCAGCUCAUGAACCCACUGCUAUCCCCGACGAGACCGUCGCGGCCACUGCGGAGCCUAUCGAGGGAAUGGCUGAGUGGAAAGAUACCUUGGAGGGAUACACCAAGGAAUGGCAAGCUGAAUCGUCCAUUGCGAGAGAGAAAGCCCUGAAGACUAGACAAAGGAUCGAAAAGGAGAAUGCAGAUGCCGAGAAGAAGAUGAAAGAAGAAUUGGAAAAGGGAAAGAAAUCUAAAUUGGCAGAGGAGAAGAAAAAGAGAGAUGAACAGAGAUUAAAAGAAGAACUUGAAGGUGAAGCCGAAAGUAAGAAGGGUUCUCAUGGAGGAGAUAGGGAAAAGAAGGUGAAAGAAGCUUGGGAGCUUGUUGGAGAUAAAAAGGACAACAACACCCCUACAGCAGAAACCGAUGUGAGGGGACCUACAGGAAAAGAACAAUCGAAGAAGGAAGCUUCCAAGCCUCUAUCCUAUGAUCCCACUCGAUCUACCGAUCCCAUCCCUCCAAUCUUCCAAGACCCCGUACCCGCCAGUCAGACCACCGCUCCAACCGAAUCAGCAACCUUAUCCAGACACUCUGCAACAUCCGGCGCAUGGGAAGAACUUUCUCGAGGUUCACCAUCCGGAUCAUCAGGAGAGGAAGUCUCAAGACCUCAAUCGAACUCUGAAGAAUCGGAUAUUGUUAAUAUUCCUUCUUCAUCCUCUAAACGAGGAGACGAUCAUCAACAACCCCAACCUCCUUCACAGCCUCCUUCACUCACUUUGAGCUUGUUCAACCCUUCUCAAUUGACUUUCCGAAGGGUUUUAGCUGUUAUCGGAAUAAAUCUCGUAUUACCCUUUGUGAACGGUGUUUUCCUAGGAUUCGGUGAGAUCUUCGCUAGAGAGGUGGUCAGAGUAGGUAAAUUGGUUUGGAAAGGUGAGAGAACGUGGUUUGGCUUGGGUAGAGGCGCAGCUGGAAGAGGUACGAGUGGAGUAGGUUUGAGUGGUGGUUUCUAG